AUUCGAUAGCAGUCAGCGAACAGGUAAAAAUAGCAGCCAAACCGCGAAGCUCGUUCGCCAAGGACUACCGACGUGAAGUGCACCAGGGAAAUGGUAAAUCCCACCGGUUAAUUUGUGUGACUCAUAGAUGGUUUGUGAUCGUACUUGGGCUCGAGUUUGUCUGUACCCAGCGUGUCAUUCGAAGCAACAGCGAAGAUCAUCAAGUGACUUCUAUGCGGGGAUUAUCAAGUGACUUUUAGUUAAGCAUUUUUAAACAAGCUUUUUCUUUCGAAGAAACACUGUGAUACCAGGAAAGUGAAUUAGUGCGAAACAACUGUUUACUGGAAUCGUAACACAAACAACCGUGUCAAUAAAACGUGAAUAUCAACUGAAUAUUAAAUAAACUAGAUUGGCUUUCUCUCUGGAUGAUUAACAGGUUCUAGGAAAGGUAAACAACCUAACGCAGCUGCAGCAAUAAUUUGUUCUACCGGAGAUGUAACACGUAUUGGAAUACCUGCAAUGCAAUUUUUGACAUAUCUCGGAUGAUAUUUUCAAGAUAACAUUUAUCUUGUUAGUUGUUAGCAUAACAUAUUCAGCAUGAGCGGAGUUCAGAAUGAUGCAUAUGAGCAUGAUGCGAAUGGCAUGCAGCUAUCUCACCGCAAAAGCGGCACAAUUAGUAAUAACGAGUCGCCUGCAUUUACCUCACCACUUACCACGACAGAGUCCCAACCGGAUGGCGGAAGUGAAGUGACGAGCAAGUUGAAGAAAAUACUGGACACUUACAAGACGCACAUACGGAUAGCAUGGAUCGUGGCACUCAACGCUGGGGUCAUCAUAUUCUUCGGUUUUGCCACCAAUCACUACCUCGAGACAGAGGAAAAAUGUCGGCAAAACUGUGGCAUGCAGUGGUGCGACGGUUACGGAAUGCUUGUACUACUGGUGGGUUUCCUGUACCUGGGAUUGCUCUACUUCCAAAUCUUGAAACCACUGAUUGGUAAGGCAUUCAAGCAAAACAUAUCCAAACCAACGUCCAAAUUCUUGCGGGAAACAUUCAAAAGCAUAUAUGCCAAACUAGCGGCAGUCGGAGUCGUUCUGGUAGGAUUUGCCCUAUUUUGUUUCUUUGAAACACGAGACGACCCGCAAAGGCUGAUGUCGUUGGUCGGAAUGGUAGUUCUGUUUGGAAUUGCAUUCCUGUGCUCCAAACACCCAACCAAAAUCAACUAUCGGCCGGUCGUGUUAGGCGUAGUCUUUCAGUUUCUGCUUGGUUUGUUCUGCAUCCGAUGGGAGGUCGGCCGCAGUAUAUUCAGCUGUGUCGGAGAUAAGGUUGCAACGUUCCUGAACUAUUCGGCUGACGGUGCCGUCUUCGUCUACGGAGAAUUCAUCGUUCGCAAAGAGGCGGUUUUUGCCUUUGCCGUACUGUCUGUGAUAUACUUUUUUAGUUUUUGCAUCUCGAUUCUGUACUAUCUGGGAGCGAUGCAGUGGAUCGUACUGAAACUCGGUUGGGUGCUGCAGUCUAUACUGGGGACGACGGUUUGCGAAAGUAUUAUCUCGGCGGCUAACAUUUUUCUGGGGAUGGGUGAAUCGCCACUCCUGAUUCGACCGUAUAUCAAAGACCUAACCUACUCCGAAAUACAUGCCAUCAUGUCCUCUGGGUUCGCCACCGUUUCGGGAACAGUACUAGCGGCGUACAUCUCCUUCGGUGCGGAACCUGCACAUCUUAUCACGGCCAGCGUAAUGGCCGCUCCGGCAGCUCUCUGUUUUGCUAAAUUGAUCUAUCCGGAAACGGAGGAAAGUAAGACACGCUCGGACAAUAUUCAAAUGGAAAAAUCCACCGAUUCGUCCGUCUUGGAUGCGGCUUCAAACGGUGCUAGCAUAGCUACCGCUCUAGUCUUGGGUAUCAUUGCCAAUCUGAUAGCAUUUGUGUCCUUUAUUGCCUUCCUGAACGGCGUUUUGUCAUGGCUGGGAACGCUGGUAGGUUUGGAGGACGUUUUAUUGGAGAACAUUUUCGGAGCCGUCUUUCGUCCACUAGCCUUCGUAAUGGGCGUGCCUUGGGAUGAAAGCUAUUACGUCGGCAAGCUGAUAGGAAUAAAAACGGUCAUCAAUGAGUUCGUCGCUUACCAGCGACUAGGGGAGUUCAUUAAAGAAAAAUUUCUGUCGCCACGGUCGGCGGCGAUUGCCACCUAUGCAAUUUGCGGCUUUGCCAAUCCCAGUUCGCUUGGCAUUUUAAUCGGAGCUCUGAGUGCAAUGGUGCCGGAAAAGCGCAAGGUUUUUACAGCUGUAGCCUUGCGAGCCUUCAUCACCGGAUCAAUCGUUUGCUUCAUGACCGCCAGCAUAGGAGGUUUGCUGAUGGAUGCGAACAUCUUUAACAAUUUCGGAAAAUCAAUCCCUGAAGUGGUACUCAACUCGACCGUCGUUUGAAUCCGGCUUAAAGGCAUUUUAAAUUUAGUUUAGGUACUUAAGUGUGAAUCGUUGAAAAUAUAGAUAUUUG